CUCUGCAGGGGAGGGAGCUGUGGUCUAUUUAAAGAGGGUCAUCCAGCCUCAGAUGAAACAGCAGAAGAUCCUCAGCGCUGCAUGAAGCCCAAAGCCCCUCAUCCACUUCUGUAUUUCUUCUCUCCGCUGCUCACCGCCAUCCGUCUGACAGAGCCGGGGCCGGCGCUCCUCCCGAGCGGCUAUUUCUGUUUUUUUUGUUUUGUUUUUUUAACCAAUAAUCAUUAUUUCCUACACUAAAAAAUGGGUAGAGACUACUACAAGACACUGGGGAUCUCCAAAGGAGCCACAGAGGAGGACCUGAAGAAAGCCUACAGAAAGCAGGCGCUGAAAUGGCAUCCUGACAAAAACAAGUCCGCAGCCGCCGAGGAGAAAUUCAAGGAAAUCGCCGAGGCGUAUGAAGUCCUGAGCGACCCGAAGAAAAGGGAAAUUUAUGAUCAGUAUGGAGAAGAAGGCCUAAAGGGAGGAAACGGACCCGCCCCCGACGGACAAGGUACCAACUUCACCUACACCUUCCACGGGGACCCUCACGCCACCUUUGCCACCUUCUUCGGCGGCUCCAACCCCUUCGAGAUGUUCUUCGGCCGCAAGGCGAACGGCAGAGACGACGAGGACAUGGAGGUGGACGGAAACGACCCUUUCGGCUCCUUCACCAGCUUCAACAUGAACGGCUUUCCGCGGGACGGGCACGGCGGGCAGCAGCGGCGGAAACAGGACCCGCCCAUCAUCCACGAACUGAGGGUGACCCUGGAGGAGGUCUUCCAGGGCUGCACCAAGAAGAUGAAAAUCUCCCGCAAGAGGCUGAAUCCAGACGGCAGGACCAUGCGGACGGAGGAUAAGAUUCUCACUAUCGAGAUCAAGCGGGGCUGGAAGGAGGGAACCAAGAUCACGUUCCCAAGGGAGGGAGACGAGUCGCCCAACACCAUACCGGCGGACAUCGUUUUCGUCAUCAAGGACAAACCCCAUCCUCACUUCAGGAGGGAAGGCUCCAACAUUGUGUAUCCAGUUCGCGUGAGCCUAAGACAGUCUUUGUGCGGAUGCUCGGUCACCGUGUCCUCCAUAGACGGGAAGACGUCUCACAUGAAGAUCACGGACGUCAUCAAGCCUGGCAUGAGGAAGAUCGUGGCCGGACAGGGCCUCCCGUUGCCCAAAAAUCCCGAGCAGAGAGGCGACCUGGUGGUGGAGUUCGACGUGAACUUUCCGGAAACGUUGCCCGGGAACGCCAAGGACGUGCUGAAACGGCACUUGCCAACAUAGGACAAGGGGAGACGAGGACUGAACAAGGACAGCCUGACGGCGGUUCCCUUUUGAUCAACAGCCACUUUUCCCACAAGGACAGUCCUGACAGUGCACAGAUGGACCCCCAGCCGAUGAAUGUUACGGCCUCUAAUUUAGAGCUAUUUGUUGUUGUUGUUUUUUUUUUUGUUUUUUUUAUAGAUAUCGUGCAUGCUGCCAAGCUGAUACAAGUGCAAGUGAGAGACUGCUUGAGCUCUGACUGUUAUGUGAAACUACACGCUUUAUGUAAGCUGGUUGGAAAUAGCUGCCAAAAAGAAAUCCCAGCGAGGCCUGGGGAAAACUUUUGUACUGAACCGAACAUUUAGAUUUUUCUCCUGGAACUGAUUAGGGACUUUCUAAAAAAUGUUAAAUCUCUUUUUAUUGUAAGUUGGGUCAAGUGUUAGACCAGAGGUUCUCCUGCUAUUUGUGGUGCUAGUUACUUAGUUCAGUUUUGGAUAUUUGUUUGACACAUUUUUGGACCUUUACAUUCAAGACUUGAAUAUAAAAGAAAAACAAAAACGUUUUCGCCUAAACAAUCCAGAGAAUGCUUCUCUAUGAAAUAAGCUGUCUACUGAUUAUGAUCGCUUCUGAACUCUGUUUAGGAAUAUUUAUAGUCUGCGUAGCACUAUUGCAAAAAAAAUGUACAUGAAAUCUAGUUAUAUAUGACAAAAAUGGAACAUAAAUGUUAUCAAAGCUAUAUUUUGAUAGUCAAAUGUGAAUUUUCUGAUGUUGUAAGACCCAAAGUUAACUUUUUCAAUGUGAAAAGGUCAACAUUAAAGAUGUCUUGGCUGAAA